AUGGCCAUGGAUCAGCAGGUGUCGCCCAUGUCGAAGCUCUUAGAGACGCUCGGGCUCACUCGCGAAGACCUGUUGCAGCGAAGCGACCAGAUGCGUCGGUUUCUCACCGCCGACACGUCGAACACCUUCGAUACCACCACUCCCACGACGCUUUCGUCCGCCAGACAUUCCACGGCGAGGCUUAGUACGUCGACCGCCUCUAUGGCGCGCUCAAUGUCUCGCUCCAGGUCUACUUCCUUUCGCGACGCGUCCCCGCCCAUGACCCCAGUGAAGGCAGAGCCCACCGAUGCCGUCAUGCCGUCGAGGCAGUUCGACAGCAUGGAAAUGGUUCUUGAGCGGCAGAGAAGGCAAAAUAGGAAGGAACGGAAAGAGCGGAAAGAGAAGGAGAAGAUGGCUGCGAUUAGGAACAACUCGCAAGCCCAUUCCCCUAGUCCCGGUACGGCGUCGCAACCCGCCUUGAAUCUCGACAUGGUCAUGCAAACACGCGAUGAUCGACGCGUAUAUCCUCUUGAAGCUUCUACUGCUGCCAGGGAUGGCUACGAGCAGACGCCUCCGGUAACCCCGCAGAAAGGGAGGUACUAUAGAGACCAAUCGUACGCUCAUGGCAGUGUCGAUGAAUGUCAGAAUGGUGAAUCUUCCCAAGGAUCCGCCACCCGGUCCCAUUAUGUCAUGCGACCUCAGUUCGCUUCCUCUAUACCGCACACACACAAUUCAGCACCUGCGCUGCAGUAUAAUCAUGCAAAUAAUUCUGCGUCCGAGCUCCCAGUGACGCCGCAAUUACGCCGCGUCUACUCGGAGCGACAAGCAGACAGAAGUUCGCCCAUCCCGUUGUCGUCUCCCCCAAGUUCAUCCCCUCUUUCCUCUCCAAAUAAGCCUAUCGUUAAUCUGGUGUCCUCCCCGGGGCCUAUGGGACCUGCACCCUUGGAGGACGAUUACUCCGAGCUGCCUUAUACCCUCCCUCCCGGUCCUUAUUCAUCCAAUAAACCGGAUCAAUCUUACGCAGCGCUCAUUGGGCAAGCCAUUCUAUCCUCCCCUGACCACCGUCUCACGCUGCAGGAAAUCUAUGAUUGGAUCACUAUCGUCCAUCCAUAUUUCAAACGCGGGGAGACAACGUGGAUGAACAGUAUUCGUCAUGUCCUCAGUACCACCGCAGUCUUCCGCAAAGUGCCAAGGGAAAGAACUGUUGGUAGGUCAUUUUGGGCUAUUUGGGAUGAAGAUAUGCCUUGUUUCAAGGGUGGCGGGUUUAAAAAACAUCUGUGCAAAGAUAUGAACGGCGGGCGCCUUGGUGUAGAAAAUCCUCGAGCAAGGGCGCGUAAGCGUAACCCCGAAACAGAAUUGGAGAGGAAAGCGAAGAAGGUCAAAAGAGAGAAGACCCAGGACAUGUCUGCUGCCCAGACCUCGGCCUAUCUAUUCCCUGCUGUGAUGCAAACCGGACAUCCCGUUUUCCCUAUAUCGCAUGCAACUCCCUGUCAUCAGCCAUAUCUCCAAAGUUGCAUGUCAGCAACAUCUGCACCGCAGUCUGUGCCCUCCGAUAUCAUUUUCCCACCGCUCCCACCUACUUCCGCUUAUCAUCAACUCAAAGCCGCCCCUUCCAUCGUUUCUGCGCCCCGAACGUCUUCAAGGCCGUCUUCAUCAGCCACCAGUGUCUCGGAGUCGCGCCCGCCAACAGGCAACUCUCUUAGCACGCCAGACCACAGCAACAUCGCGUUAGCUUCUGAUGAUUUGUCGUCUUGUCCCCCAGUUCCAGAGCUCACUCCGAAUCGUUCAUCCAGUCCUACUCCCUCUGCUCCCCCUACAGACGAUGUUGCUUCGCGUCGUGAGCGUAGUAUGAGUCGCAUCGCUGUGGGGUCGAACGAGGAUGGCGAUCACGGAGAUUCGCAAGACACGGUCAAAGAUGGAUCACUAAGGCCAGUACAGGAUUGGGGUAGGUCUUCUGCCGUCGAACCUCUGCAGCCAGGCCUUAUUCUCAACUUUGACUACGACUUGGACGAACGGGAGCCCGCUGGCAACAGGAAACAAGAAAAGCCAGGUUACAAGAAGCAAUAUGCAUACCCUCCCAUGCCACCUUCACCUACGCCCUCCUCGUCGAGGCCUCUUCCUUCGAGAUCGCUUACGGCUUCCAUCCCUCCUCGUUUAACUACGCCGCCCCCCAAACUGCCUGCUGCACUACCUGUUACUCCUCCUCAGAGUCAUCGUAUCUCUCCAACACAUACUCCUCUGUCUCACAAAGGCCUUCACAUGAGCCCCAACGCCAGCUUAGCUCACUAUAAGUCGAACUUAGACCCUCCGCCCAUUGUCGCCUUCAAUAGGACAGGCGACAACCUUUUCAGCGGUGACGAGAACUCGAAAGACACGGGCGAACUCGAUAUAUUCCGUACUCCCUCAAGGAAACGUUCACACCCGCAAGCCUCGAGUGCAUUCAACCCUGUUACACCUAAGAAAUUGGUAUUCCCUCCUUCAAGUUCCUUGAUGGAAUCCCCUCUUCGAACACCGUCCAAUGGCGUAAACUUGUCGCCAUAUAGGACCCCCACAUCUAGAGGGAUAUUUGAUCCCCAUGACCCCAGCAAUCUUCUGGAUGACGAAUUAAGCCGUUUAGGAGCCGCUCAGGAUAGCCCGGCUGGGUUAUUUGGGAAAUCACGCAGUGCGUUGUUGUACGAAAGUCCUAAUCUCGGGACCAGUCCAGGUUCCUGUCCACGGUGGUGGUAG